GGACCAAGAACUUACGAAGGCAUCAGAAUAUUGGAACCACUAGCUGCUUCCGGGUUGCGCUCUAUACGAUUUUCUAGAGAAGUUCCAUAUAUCAGGGGGAUCAUUUCUAACAAUAUGAAUGAGCAGGCUUUUGAAUUGAUACGAACUAACUGUUUGGAAAAUAAUGUUACUAAUGUCACUCCAACAUGCUCAGAUGCCCUUGCGUUGAUGCAUAGGUUUUCCGAAGCGAAAUCCAAGUCUCACGUGGUUGAUCUCGACCCAUACCGCAGUGCCGCUGUUUUACUUGAUGCAGCUGUCCAAAUCCUAUACGAAAACGGACUUCUAUGCGUUACUUGCACCGAUAUGGGGGUUCUAUGUGGAGUUGCACCUGGAGCAUCCAUGGGAAAAUAUGGAUCUAUAUCGGUUAAAUGCUCCGGUAUGCAUGAACAGGUAAUGUCCUGCAAAAUGAUGAUAGGACGAUUAUGCUAUUGCAUUCUAAGUUCUGUACAUUUUGAAUCGUAUUUAAUGAUACAUUUUAUAAUAUCUGCACGUGAUUACUCGUUGAGCUCGAUUAUUAAGAUUUUUAUGACUAUAAAUAAAUUACUGUCGUGCACAUAUAGAAUGUUCUACUUCCCUGCUUAA